AUGAAUCAGAGAGGUUUUUCAAAAGUGGAGUCUGGAACUUGUAAUGUUUGUUCUGCUCCUUGUUCAUCAUGCAUGCAUCAUAACGCAGGUUUCACAGCAUCAAAGUUGGAUGAGUCAUCAGAUGAAAAUUGCCAUGGAGUAGCUGGUAGCCAGGGUUCAGUAAACGAGGAUGGUCUUUUGCCUUCUUCCCUAGUUAAUGCUCGCAACAGUUCAAAUAACACUGCUAGUGAAGCAAGCAAUCUUGUUAAUUACACUCAUGAUGCUCUCUCUGAGAAUGCAGAGAGUCAGGAAACUAUAAGAUGUUCUGGGAUUUCCGAUGAUUCCAGAGCUGUUGCAGGGACUUCGAAGACAUCUUUUUCUGGGAGCAGGAUGAAACACAAAGUGCCUGCAUCAGCUAAUGUGCUAGAUCAGAGCUCUAACCGUAUAGAGGGCCAGGAAGAUGGGAUAUCAUCUGAUGAUCAAACAAAAAAACUAAGUUCAGGUUCUCCAAAUAACAAGAUAGUCAAUAAGGAUUCAGCUGCUGGUUCAGCGCUGGUUUCGGGUGGUAGAUCUGGGAAAGAUCAAGAUUCGACAAUGAUAGAAUCUUCUAAUAUUCUUCCAAAUGAAGUGAAAUCACAAUAUUUGCAUAACCCAUCAUCCAACCAUGAAGACAGAAGCAGUUCAGAGCGGGGAAAGUUCAAGGAAAAAUUAGGACCAGGGGGUAAUAAAGACAAAGAGGAAUUUUCGGUUGAAGGAUCUACACCUUCAGGCCAGAACGGGAAGGAUGGGAAGUCAAGUAAAAGCACUUCCUUCAAUAAAUCAGAUGAGCCAAUCUCAUCAGCUAUGUCUGAAAGCGAGAGUGAUGAUUCUGAAAUGGUGGAACAUGAUGUAAAAGUCUGUGAUAUCUGUGGAGAUGCUGGUCGUGAAGAUUUACUCGCUAUCUGCAGUAAAUGCAGUGAUGGUGCAGAACACACCUAUUGCAUGCGGGAAAGGCUCAAUGAAGUUCCUGAGGGUGAUUGGCUGUGUGAAGAAUGCAAGUUUGCUGAAGAAGCUGAAAAGCAGAAGCAAGAAGCUAAGAGGAAACCUGAGGUAGCCCUCAAUACAAAUAGCUCUGGUAAAAGGCACGCAGACAAAACUGAGGCAGUUCCAGAUGCUAAAAGACAAGCAGUUGAGACGUCAACUGGGUCACCCAAGAAAUCUAUUCUCCCCAGAUUAGGUGCGUUAUCUCGGGAAACAUCAUUCAAGGAAUUUGACAGGUCCAGAGGAAAGCUAAAUCAUCAAACAUCUUUCAGUGAUGACACAGAAAGUGCACGAUCCACUGGUUCUCAGCUCCAACCUCAAAAAGGUGCAUUUUUAAAAUCCAGUUCCUUCAAUUGUUCGAGCUCGAAACCAAAAGUGCAACUUAGGGAUGAUGUAAUUCUCCGAAGACAGAAGACUGGGAAAGAAUAUACGUUACCUGAUAUAAAGGAAGGGGGUUUUAGAAAUGUAGGCAAAUCAAUGUCAAGCAGAACAACAGACACAGGGAUUUCUAGUGGUAACGACUCACAAGCAAAAAUGCUUUCGUCGAAAGUUUAUCAUUCACGAGAAGGCAAAAGCUCAAAGCGACUGAAAGAUCGUAAUACAGAAGCUAACGCGUCAGCAUCCUCCACUGACCAGAAGCUGUUUUCUCGCAGCAAUUCGUCUGCUUCAUAUGCAAACAAUACCCGUGAUUUGAAGGGUUUGCAGUCUGAUGGUAAACGAGGUAGCUUGACGAAGCAAGUUAGCAAUCUAAACCGAAACCGUCUAGAAAAUCCAGUUGCAUCUGGAGGUGAAAAUUCCACAAAUGAAAACUGCAGUGCCAGCGAGCAAAGUUCAGGUCAUGCUGACUGUAAGGAUGAACUGCCAUCCACUUCUUGCGCUGGUGAGGAUGUGCCAAGCCAUGGUAAUGUAGCUUCACAAGAUGGAUUAUCACGGUCCAGGGAAUUUAGAGAGGUAGGGAAGAAAAGCAAAGAAGCCUUUGGUAAGCGCCAAAGGUCUAGCCUGUUAUCUGGUGCAAAAGGGUUACCAUCGUCUCAAAAGGGAGGUCAGACUGCAGAUUCUAGUGACACCGGCUCAGGCGUUUCUGAUAGUGAUCUCUCUACAACGAAAAAUGUUAGGGAGGAUAUAAAUAAAGGUAAUAGGUUGCGAGCAGCAGUCGAUGCUGCUCUGCGUAAAAAGCCCAGCUUUGGCAAGAACAGAGGAGUGGAGCAAUCUGAUGUGUCUAAUGUGGAUUCUAGUUCUGAUAAGACUUUACGAAAUCAGUUGCCUUCAAAGAUGCACAAGGAUGAUGUAUCACACGAAAAAUUGCAAGGUGGGCAUCCAACUUUUUGGCCUGCUUCUGACCCGUACAAACAGACAAUUGGAACAAAUGAGAAGCAGUUUCUACUCUCUGGUGCUGAUGCGAUGCCUCCACGAUCUGUGGAACUUGAAGUUACUUUUCCCUCUGUGAAACCUGUCGUGAGAGAUUGGCCAUUAGUAGCCCCACCUGCUCUGUUGAGAUGCUCAGCCAUUCCAGACCAUGAGUCUAUAUGGCAUGGAGACUUGGAGAUUCGGAAAACCAGAAAUCAGUCAGCUAUGCAUAGCGGAAUGCAAGCACAUCUAUCAACCUUAGCAUCACCCAAGGUUGCUGAAGUGGUUAACAAAUUUCCAGAAAAAUUUAGCUUGAAUGAAGUACCUCGGCUUAGUACUUGGCCUGCACAAUUUCAAGAUAUAGGUACCAAAGAAGACCAUAUAGCUCUAUUCUUCUUUGCAAAGGACAUUGAGAGUUACGAGAGAAAUUAUAAGCCCCUGGUAGAUAACAUGAUCAAGAAAGAUUUAGCCCUGAAAGGAAACCUCGAUAAUGUUGAGCUUUUGAUUUUUCCAUCCAACCGGCUUCCUCCAAAUUGCCAGCGUUGGAACAUGUUAUAUUUCCUUUGGGGUGUAUUCCGAGGAAGAAAAGAGAUUUGCACUAACCCAGAAAAGAACACAUCUUUCCCUACUUCAAUGGUUUUGCCGCAUGACCGAGAACCCAAUUACUUGUGCCAAACGAGUUCUCCUUCCAGGCAUUUGGAGAAAGCGCCUUCUCUACGUGAGAGCUCACAGAACAUUAUUGAAACUCAAAAUAGGACAGAUGUACUUAGCCAUGAGACCCCAAGUGACAGAGAAUCCUCUAUUGAGAGAUCAUCAAGCAUGAAGGAGAGAAUUGCUCUUAAAGAGGCCGAACCAGGUGCGAAUCAUAUCCCUUGUCAAGCUAUUGGAUCAAAUUCUGGAGAUAGUAUAGUGAAGGACGUUCAGCCAAUUGAGGAACAAGAAUUAGAUGGUAGAAAGGAUCUGCCUUUGACUGUCACGGGCUCAGAUAUCCAGUUCCGUGUCCAAGACAAUCCUAUAGGAAAAGAUCUCAACUGUAGUCAGGCUAGUCACAGAAAGCUUCCACCUUGGGAACUGACAAGACCCACUAACGAGAAUUCCUCUGCCAUGAACCAGAAAGUGGAUCUCAAUAAUGACGGUUUAUGCAAAGGAUCUGCAAAUAAGAAGCUGAAGACAGAAAACGGAAGCAGCAACGAUUCCUGGGAUACAUCUGGUAAUGAUUCUGGGAUCAUGAAAAAGAGUCCCAAAGUCGUGUUCCCUUUGGACUUGAAUGUCGAAAGAGAAGACAUGGAACUGGCCGAUUGUCUCAUUCCCCUCGACAGUAACAACAACAACAGCAGCAAGGGACGGUUAAGCGGUACGGUCCCGGAUCUCGAGCUGGCAUUAGAAGCUGAGGAAACAAGUCCAGGCACUAUAGGACUAUUGCCUUUCUUAACUGAAAGAAGCAACUCUGGUGAACAAAGUAUGAAUAAAGAAAAACAGAAAGACGAAGAAGAUGAUGAUGGGGCGGCUGAUGGUUCUCUCUCCUUAUCACUCUCGUUUCCGACCGAGGAGAGGAAGAAUGUGAAUGCUCCGUUGUUUCUGUUCAGAGACCUUCCCAGAUAA